AUGUCAGAGAACCAAAACGAUGUCUCGCCUCCCCAAAACAUAUCGGUCAAAUCCGAGGUAAACUCCAAUGUAUUUUCCACAAAACCUAUUUCCACAUCAUCACCUGCAGGGUUGGCGGCGGCUCAAAGGGUGACACCUGAGAAACUAUCUACUUUAUUACUAGAAAAGGGACCGUUGGCCAUUAGGCAUAUUACGCAGACAUUGUGUCUGGAUAUUCCCUGCUUUAAAGAUUUAUCAUCAUCCAAACAAAGACGACUCAUCAUGAGUGCCAUGGAAAGUGGUGAUAAAGAAAGAUCGGUGGUAUUUGAAAAGAUUGGGUGGGGUCAAUGGUCUGCGAAAAUAGUAGAUCCUGCACAUUUUGUUAAGGAACUGGAGGCGACCAACUUUGCUAACGCCAAGGUGAAAGACUUGAUUUCACAAGAGAGUCAAAGGAGGAAAAGCAACAAUUCAAACUUAAAUUCAGGCGGCAAAGUUGAAAUGCCGGUAAAAAUCGAGCAUAACCACACCAGUAUAGAUGAGACUACUGCUGCUUCUGCUGCUGCUGCUACUGCCAUUCCUGUCAAUAUCAAACGCAGCAAAUCGCCGCUUUCAGCGACCAAUGUGCUCUAUAUAGAUGAAAAUGCCCUUGCAUCUGAAGACGAGGAUGAAGAAUUUGAUGAAGAUGAUCAUCAUUUACAUUAUCAGAAUAAAUCAAGGAACAGUAGUAAUAACUUUGGAAAAGUUUCGAAUAAUGACCCCUAUAGCUUUGGUAGGAGGAGGUCACAGGUGGUGUUCGCAGAUUCCACUCCUGAAAAUAUUGAACAUGAAAUAAUAGCACAGAAAAUCAGACCACUGCUAAGAAAUAGACGCCGUUCAAGUAUAAAACCACAUACCUCGUUCAUCUCCAAACUAAACGCACAUCAAGACUCAUCUCAUCUCUCCCCCAACUCCACUUCAACAACUACUCCAAAUAACAACAACAAUACAAACCAAGGGAAAAUAGAUUUAGAGAAACUUACAGCAACAAGCGAGCCAACUUCAAGAAGAGCAUCUCGGUUGUCUGUAUCGAAAGAGUCAAGUAUAAGAUCGACACUUUUUCCAAACAAAAACUACCUUAUCGUUACCACAAACCCUACCUCCAAGGCCACGUCCGCUUCCACUUCUCCUAAACUCGAAGAAAAAAUAAAUAUGGGUUCAAAUCAUAUAUUACUCUCGGAUAAAGAAAAACAUAAAUUGGCAUCGCAACGCUUGAACGGUGAGUCAUCCCCACAACUCCGCCCCCAUUCUCAUCAUCAACCUCACUCAGAUACAGAUGAAGAAGAUUGGGAAUCAAUUGGUGCUGCUUCUUUGAGAAACAACAGUUUGGUACCCAAUAUAGAUAGCGUAGCAAGUUCUACAAAUGGUGUUGUUAGUCCCAAACCCACAAAUCCAAAUUUCAUCAACUCUCAAAAUGGAGAAAUUGGAUCGCCCUUACAAGAAGACCAACAAAAACGUGGCCAGCAGCCAAAAAAUGGUGAAGACAAUAGUGCUGCCUUUUUAUUGAUGAGUUUAAAGUCGUAA